AUGGCUACGGAGAGAUACAUCCUCCCCCGCACUUCGCAGCAAGGCGGAACUCAAUCAAAGAUCAGAACAACCGGGACAACGAGAACAACUGUCAGAGCCAUCGAUUGCAACCUACAAGCUCAGAGACAUCGAUGCAUAUUAUGGUCACUUCUAUUGGAACUACUUUCUCAACCGCAUUGGCAAGGACAAGAAUAUAAAUCCUUUUUACAAGGCUCAUCCAAAAAGGAGGAGCCUCCUCCCCAUCAGCCCACCCAUGCGCAACCCUCGACACCUCCGCAGAAGAGCCGGAAACACUGGCAUACAUUAAUUCUCUUCGACCGAGGACACCCAUACUGGGAAACCAAGCGCGGAGUCUUCUGCAAUGAAAAUCUCCAUCUUCUUCACGGAACCAGCUGUAAACACAAACCCGUGUCCUCCUACCCAAUCUUCGUCCAGCAGCCAGAUUCUGGCCAACGCCAAACCACCCGCUCCAUCCACGCCUUUGCAGGCUGUUACCUUAUCUGCGCCAUUCGCUAUCUAGAGCCAUAUAGCCGCCAACUCGCUGCGAACUGCUGGACGGUCAUUACAAUGCUUCUGGAUACACGUCAUGAAGGGGAAGGGGGCGGAGCACCACCACCACCACCACCACCACCUAUUGUUGAUCUUGAGGCAGAGGCUGCGGCCGAGAAACGGACUGUCAAUGAGAUUUUGGCGGAGAUGAGGGAGUUGGGAGACUUUGUGGGUUGA